ACAGAAGUCUUUGGGAGCGCAUCACUCUCUGACAUGUUGGUCUACAGAAUUCUGUCCGUCGUCUUCAUGACGUCACUUCCCAGUCACCAGAGUCCUCUGAGAUGCGGUGAAAGAAACUGUGGUUCGUCAGGAACAUUCGAGAUAUUAGAACCAAUCAUGUUGUUGGUACUGAAGUCUCCCAUCUUAUACCAGAAUUCACAUAACGACAACAUUCCCAUGUAUGCGAGCCGUCAUAUUCGACGAUAUUCAAGAGAUUUGUCUACCACGUCAAGAGAAGGCAGAUUCUUAUUCAAAUCUGGUGCUAAAAAACUACAAAACUUAUUUUUAUGGUCAAGUUUACUUGCAAACUCAGCAGCGACUGGUAGUCUUUCAACUUCCAACUCCUUUAAUCUAUUCGGCAAAACUAUCAAUUCAGCAUUGUCUAUAGCAUAUGGUAAUAGGGGAUUCAUACCAGGUGCAAUACCACCGCUAGUUCCACCAGUGCUACCACCUUUUCCGAUACUACCAAUUAUACCUCCUGUUACUACCACAGCGAACAGCGAAACGUCGCCUGUAAUAAUCCCGAUCACAAGGUUUGGGCCUAUCCCAUCAAUUUCAGCGAGUGUAAGGAAUGAAAACCCAAGAAUCACGCCCGAGACUUCACAAACAGAUGAAACUAACCAAAGACAAUUAUUAGAUGAAUACUUGGAACUGGAAAAGAGGAAUCGAAAGCUCUUGAGCCAAUACAACAAUCUCAUUAAAGAACAGCAGAGAAUAACAAUAAAUCAGAACGAACAAUUGAAACAGUUUUUACAAGCACAUAACCUCAUGGUUGAUCAGUUUAACGAUAAAAUUUACUUUAACGUUCAAAGAUCUUAUGAAAUAUGAACCACGCGUCCCGUCGCGUGUUGUACAAGCAUCUCAUUAAAUUUUCUGUUACGUGAACAGGGCAGAAUAUUCAGAUGUAAAAGUUUAUAGCAUAUAUAUCUACGUUUAAAUGGUAUAACAAGCCUUUACGUGUCAUCCAUAAGGAGUCUUUGGUAAUCCUACCAUUAUUUGCAUCGUGGUCAAAAUGUAAUAAAUACUGCAUUAUUUUUGUGACAGUUGUACUAGAAAUCUAUGACCGAAAAGAAUGCAGACUAUUUAAAUAUCCUUGUGUACAUACGUUGAUAACUAUAAAACAAUCAAAUCAAUUGUUACUGCCAACACACAAAUAAAGUACAGUUAAAUGUU